AAAUUUCUUAUCUACAACCAAAUUUCAUCCUCUUCUUCAUCUUUGUCUUCCCUUAAGGCUCAAAGCACAGAGCACAAAGAAGAAGAAGAAGAAGAAAAAUGAGUGCUGCAACAGCUUUUCAUCUGAAAUUGGUUCAGUGUUGUAGCACAACAACUGUGCCCAAAACCAAUUUCGCCGCCUCCAUCUCCCCAUCACUCUCCAUUCGCCAAAUCAACUUCUCCCCCCACUCUUCCAUUUCACUCAAACCCAAGAAUUCUUCUUUCAAAAUUGUCCCCUUUGUUGCCCAGACUUCAGAUUGGGCCCAACAAGAAGAAGAAGAAGCAGAAGAGAAGAAUGAGGAGGGCGAGCUCGAAACUAAUAGUGCUAGUGAUGGUGGGGGUUUCGAAGAAGCCGAGCUGUCCGAGGAGGCCAAGCUCUUUGUCGGAAAUUUGCCCUACGAUGUCGACAGCGAGAAAUUGGCCACACUUUUUAACAAGGCCGGAAUUGUCGAAAUUUCCGAGGUGAUUUACAAUAGGCAAACAGAGCAAAGCCGAGGGUUUGGAUUUGUGACAAUGAGUACUGUGGAAGAAGCUGAGAAGGCUGUAGAGAUGUUCAACCGCUACGAUAUAAAUGGAAGACUGUUAACGGUAAACAAGGCAUCUCCAAGAGGGUCUCAGCCAGAGAGGGCACCUAGAACAUACGAGCCUUCGUUUAGAAUGUACGUAGGUAACUUACCAUGGCAAGUGGAUAAUGCUAAGUUGGAGCAGCUUUUCAGCGAACAUGGCAAAGUGAUUGACGCUAGAGUUGUUUUCGAUAGAGAAACUGGCCGCUCUCGUGGUUUUGGCUUUGUUACUAUGUCCACUCAGGCUGAAGUAAAUGAUGCCAUUGCUGCUCUUGAUGGAGAGAGUUUGGAGGGCAGGGCAAUUAGAGUUAACGUGGCCGAGGAAAGACCACGACGUGGAUUCUAGUUCUUAUUUAUUGUUUGCUAUGCGAUUUUUUUUGUAUUAUUACGUUUACGAAUAUUAUUCCCCAUUUCACCUCCAGUUUCAUUUCAAUUUCUCCAAACGAGUGAGUCCAUAGUAAUACGGUACAUGAAGUUCAUAAGUAUGUCAAAUUGUCAUUUCAUGAUUAUUUCAAAUAUAUGUUUCUUUCUGUCAACAAUGUAUUGGUUUCAGCACGGUACAUGAAGUUCAUAAGUAUGUCAAAUUGUCAUUUCA